GCUCUUUGCCUACAGAGUAGUCAUUCGUGUCAAAGUGAAACUGAAAGAAGAGAGUACUGUACACAAAUUUUUUAACUUUCGCCAACACCGGUAACACUUCAAAUCUACACAUCCUGCAAUCAUAAUUCCUGUUCAGAAUGUGGCAACUAUGACAUCAUUUAGUUGGAAGAGAAAGUUAGGAGAAAAAGUCUCCAAGAAACUGUCACAGAGUUUUGAAGACAACAGCAAAGAUCACCAUGACAACCUAGAGGAAGUAGACUGGCUGACUGUGGUGCCUAAGAGGAAGGUCAUCUGUCUGGAAGAUGGACGGACAAAAAGUUCUCGAUUAAAACAGGAGGGGAGUCUACUGGCCGAAUCAGAGAGAUACUGGGAGGCCAUUUCUAAAUGGGAGGAGGCACUUGCACUGACCCCCGAGGAUGAAACUCUCCAUGAAAUGAGAGCUCAGAGUUACCUGCUCCUGAGUGAAGUUUACCCAGCAGUCCAAGCUGCAGUCAAGUGCACAGAAGUCAACCCAUUGUGGUGGAUGGGUCAUCAGACUCUGGGACGUGCACAGCUGGGUAUGGGAGAUGUUGCCAUGGCUGUAAAAAGUUUCUCCAGAGCUAUCCAUCUUUACCCUGCUGAUGAAGAACUGUGGAAGGAAGAUUUGUUUUGGGCUAAAUCCCUUCUAGACCAGCAUCACAGAAUGCAGGCUGAACUAUCCACUGAGAAAGAGGGUUGUACAGUCACUGAAAUCUCUGAUCCACCCCCCAAACUGACUGCCGUCUGUACUGCCUCUCACAAUUUAACAGAAAGUUCAGAUUCAUCAUCCACAUCAGAUGACAUUAACCCUCCUCCAGAUGUUAUGUGUGAUUCUUUUUCUCAAACAUCAACUGACAAAAAAGAACUUAAACACAUGUCGGAAAAUUCAAGUGACGUAGUGUCAAAUGUUGUAUGUGUUCAAGGAAUGAACCAAGAGAACUCUCAGAGUCCUGAAGACAUUAAAGAAACUAAAAAGUUGCCUCAUAAUUAUGUCAGAAUGAGGCAUCAUCUAUGCUAUAAACCGCAAAAUUGAUUU